AUGGGAGGAGCUGGUGCCGAUCUGGGCUAUUGCAUAGCCUUCAGCGAUUUCGAGGCUGUCGAGGUGGGCGACCUGGGCUUCAACACCGGUGAUCGCGUCAGAAUCCUGUCCAAGGACCAAGGCGACUGGUGGUACGGCGAGGUGCACGGCUGCCAGGGCAUCUUCCCCAGUAACUUCGUCGAAGAGGAAGGACAACAGCAACAACCCGCGAGCCAGGAGUACAGUAGUUCGUAUACCCCAGAGCCUGCCUACAGCAGCAGUAGCUACGCGGACCAGCAAUACGGCAGCUACGCCGCCCAGCCCGAGGAGCCGCAACAACAACAACAGUCCUACGAAAGCAGCUACGACUACAAUCACAACAACUACAACAAUGACGACGAAGAGUGGGCGACCGACGACACGGGCGACUACUCCUAUUCUGACAGCUCCUACUCGCAACCAGCUGCUGCUGCUUCCGAGAGCUCCUACACGCAACCAGCUGUCCAGCCUGCCUGGGAGGCCCCCGCGAAGCCCACGCCACCGCCGGUGGCCCCCCGAAACCCCCCGCCGCCCGUGCCCGCGCCGUCUUACGGCUACAGCUCCUCGUCAGCGACCGCUGCCCCGCCCAAGCCGGCCGCCCCGUCGUUCAUGCAGCAGCCACCUACACUCGCGACGCCCCCGAUGGUCCCGGCCGUCAAGCCCGCCGCCCCACCGCCGUCACUGCCAGUCCCGGCUUCGUCCCCGUUUGGAUACUCGCCGGCCGCGCCCAAGCAGGCGCCGGCCAUCGCCGCCGUCGUUCGGCGGUGGAUUCCGAGUGCGUCGGCCAUGCCGGACACAAAGGGCCGCGGAGCGCUGCUGGGCAGCAUCGAAGGUUUCUCCAAGGGGAAGCUCAAGAAGGCGACCACCAACGACCGCAGCACACCCAUCACCACGGGCAGAGGAGCCCCGAUGGGCGGAGGCGCAUCGGCUGGCUCGGCUGGCGGCCUGUUUGCGGGCGGCAUUCCGAAGCUCAAGUCGGCCUCCGCCUCGCCGUCGGCGUUCGGAGGAGCUCCCGCCGGUCGUGGAGCUGCCCGCUUCAGGCCGGCGUUGCAGGGGCCUCCCGGCGUCGGCCGCCCUCGGCCUGGACCCUCCUUCAGCGGCGGAGCGCCAGCUGCAGCGCCGCCCGGCGACGGUCGACCCGGACCCAACCCCAACACGCGACCAACGACUGGGGCUGCCGGGGCCUCAGCAGGACGAGGAUUUGGCGGCAGCCCCACUCCCGGCCCCAGGUUCGGCGGCACUGCGCGUGCGCCCGUCGCCGGAGCGCCCACCAGCAACCCUCCGCCGUCAACUGGGCCGGCGCGCUUCGGCAGCCCUGCGACCGGCGCUGCGGCCCCGCCGCGCUUCGGCGGCGUCGGCCCCUCGCCCACGGCUGCGCGGUCUCCGGUUGCAUCGCGCUUUGGCGGAGGCGGCGCCAGCGGCCCAGCUCCAUCAGUGGUGGCCUCACGCUUCGGCGGAGGCGGCGCCAGCGGCCCAGCUCCGUCACCGGUGGCCUCACGCUUCGGUGGCAGCAUCGCCCCCCAAGCCGACCCUGCGCCUUCGCCGGUGGCCUCACGCUUCGGCGGCGCGGCGCCUACGCUCCGAGGCCCACCCGGCCCGGCGCAGGGCGGGUUCCCCAGGCCUGGGCUGCCGUCGCCGGGAGCCGCCGGCAGACCCGCAGCUUCGGGGCGGGAGUCGGGCGGUCCGACCCGCACUGCGCCGCCGCAAAUGGGCAGAGCUGCCAGGCCGCCAGUCGGGCGAGGCAGUGGCUUCACCGGUGCGCCGGGAGGUGGUCCCAGCGGCUCGGCCUUUGGCGGUGGUGGUGCUCCGGGCACGCUGAGGAGGCCCGGCACCGGGGCUGCGCCGUCCCCAUCUGGUCCGCCGCCGACCUUUGGCGGCAGAGGAGGGUCCGGAGUGGCGCGAGGCGUCCGGCCCCAGAGCCAGACGCCGCAGCCACCAAGCUCCACGGGACCAGCGGCAGGAGGCAGUUUUGCCUCCAGGAUGCAGUUCUUCCGGAAUCAGUGA